AUGAGACAGGACGUGAACUUCGACAGCCAAGGGCUAAGGAUAGCUGGCCAUCUUUACAUUCCGGAUCAAGCAUCGACUGAUGGGCGCCUCCCCGCUAUAGUGGUCAGCCACCCAGGAGCCGGUGUCAAGGAACAGACUGCUGCAAUCUACGCCAAUCGCCUCCAUAAUGAGGGGUUCGUCACUCUUACCUUUGACUGUGCCUACCACGGAGAAAGUGAAGGCACGCCGCGAGGGCUCGAGGAUCCUGCACAUCGCGUGGAGGAUAUCAAGAACGCGGUCUCAUUCCUCGCCUGCCACGAAAGAGUCGACCCGGACCGCAUUGCACUACUCGGGAUAUGUGCGUCCGGAGGAUACGCCGUAACUGCGGCGGCAACCGACAUUCGCAUCAAAGCCGUGGCGACCGUCAGUGGUGUGGACCUCGGAAGCUUCAUUCGGAAGGGCUUUAACGGGAAACAAGACCCUUCUGUUUUGCGAACACAACUGGAGCAAGCCGCGCGCGCGAGAACUGCCGCCGCAGCUGGCGCCGAUGCAGAAGGGUUCCCAUUGUUCCCGCCCGAUGAGGAGACCGCUAAAGGAUGGGGCAAGUAUGCCUAUGAGGCUUGGAGCUACUACACCACACCGCGCGGUUGCCACCCUCGGUCGGCGAAAGUCAUGCCCUGGAUCAGCAUCGACAAGCUGGCGAGCUUCUCUGGCUUUGGCGUGAUUGAUCAGAUCAGCCCACGGCCAAUUCUGAUGGUUGUAGGGACGGACGCGGAUACUAAGUGGAUGGCAGAUGAGGCAAUUGUAAACGCCAGGGAACCCAAGGAACUGUACCUGAUCGACGGGGCAAGUCACGUCGACUUGUAUGAUAUCGACGAGCAUGUGACGAAGGGUACCUCACGGCUGGUAGACUACUAUAGGGAAUGGCUCAAGGUCUAG